AUGGUUAAAAUGAGAAUCGUCACAUGGCUUGACAAGCUCUCGGAGCAACUCAAAGUCGACAUCGACUGCAUGGAUCCUGCCGAGGCGAGAAGAUUCCUCCCCUUCAAACCAUACGAUCAGACAAGCAACCAGCGACUUGUCUAUGAGCAGAUGAUAUCCCCCGAGAACCACGAUCUCUUCCUGAAGACUGUAGCAGAGGGGAAAGACGAAGGCUGGGAAGUGAUCCUUGACCGCAUGAGUGCGCUGCUUUGCGCGAAGAACAUCGACAACAUCCAGGGCCGCGUCCUUCUUCAAUCCUCCGCUUUCCACGCCUACGAUACAGACAAGGUGGUCUCCCAUGCCCGUUCUUACGCCCGCGAAUUCGAAAAGCUCGGCAUCCCGAAAGAUCGUAUCUGCAUCAAGAUCCCUUGUACCGGACCCGCCCUGAACGCCAGCUCCAUACUCCUCAAGGAAGGCAUUCGCACCUUGGGGACCUCUUUGUUCUCGGUGGUUCAAGCCAUUGCUGCCAGUCAAGCAGGGUGUCUGUCCAUAAGUCCCUACUACAAUCUGCCUUGGUACCACGCCGACAAGGCUCACCAGUGGCCCAACGUCGAUGAUCCUGCUCUGGAACAUCCAAUGUCACCAAGACUCGUUCAGAUUCUGCAGGUCUAUAGUCGUCUUCGCGAAGAGACCGGCAAAGAGCAGCCCUUACUGAAGCCUGCGAGCUUCAUCUCCGCCAGAGAGGCCAUGGCAAUGGGCGAAUUCGGAUGCGACCACGCGACAAUUCCAGAAGAUAUCCUGCUACAGCUUUCGCUGCUGGAUGCACAUGCCAAUCCACCGCCCGGCGAUGACUCUCCCAAGAAGACCGGCCAGCCCUCUCCUCGCAUCGCCCAUCUCGCCUCGACCGACCUCCUGGCCAGCCCAGACUGGGACGGCAAGCUGCCAUCGACAGAUGUCGACUAUCUCGCGGACAACGGAGCUGCGUUGGAGAGGGCUAUCGCUGCGGAUCCCGUGACGGAGAGGGGCCUGCGCGAGGCACUGGAGGCGUUUCAGGCGAAUGAGUUGCAGAGUAAGGCUGCGAUCGAGGAGGUACUGAGACAGGUUUAG